AUGAGUCCCCAUGCCCUCGCUUCGAGUGCAUCCAGUGAGCAUGGAAGCAAGGUUUCUGUGAGCUCCUCGUUCGCGACAGUCAAGAGCAAUCCUUUUGGUGCCGUGGCCGAUCCAUCUCUGGUGCAAAACUCGAGUUAUUUGUCUGCAUCGACAAUCAUAAAUCAGAGUUUGUAUGCCAUUAGUAGCAAGAUUUUCAGUUACGAGGCACCAGGUGCGGAAAACUUGUUGGAUGCCCAUUUGCAGCUUUGGUCCCAACAUUAUGGUCGUCAGAAUGCUUUUGGAGUGGUUCCUUUUUUCCACAAGUUCCAGGUUAGAUCUGGAGCUGCGAAUGCUAUUUUGGGAUACUACAGUAAAAAUGGAACCUCGGGUCAACCAUUGUCUACGGUUGUUCCUGCCAAUGCUUUGGUGUACAUGAGACCAACUUUGACCACUUCGAGGUCUGGUGACCUUCCAUUGUCUCUCAAUGUGAGUGCCAUUGAUUACGAUGAACAGACCAAUUCGCUUGUAUCCAAUUAUAUUAGCGCCUUGUCUGUGGCCCGGUCGUUGGAGUACCCAGUUAUCAGUCCUGUGGACUCAACCAAUGGUUUGGAAUUGCAACAUUUGACAGUAUUGAACCACUUUAUCGCCGCGAUGUCUGGAAACCCAUCGAUUUUAUUGGCCGAUGGACCUGAAUUUUCCAAGACUUUUACCAGAUUCGAUGGCUUGUUGCCGUACUCUGAUUUGGGCUCUCUCUACCAAAACUUGUUGGCAGGUGCAAAUGCCGAAUCCUCGGAUCUUGUUGGUUACGCUUUGGACAGAUUGAAUACCAUCGCAGGCACUUCCUACUCCCAAUUCGAGUACUCCGGUUCCAUCUCCCCAAACGUGGUAUACGUCGUGUACGGUGCACACGAAGCUACUCAGCUCUCCUCCGUUGUGGACCGUGUUGGAAACAUUGCAAAGAUUGGUCUCAUCAAAGUCAGGGUACCUUUACCUUUCAACGCAGCCAAAUUUGCAUCUGUGGUUCCUUCGUCAACUAAAAAGUUGGUGGUUUUGAGUCAACACAACGUCUCCAAGAAUGUGUCUACUUCGUUGAAAGCUGAUGUGACUUCGGCUUUGUUUUUGAGUGGUCGUUAUCACACUUUGGCUGUGGACGGAUUUUCAUAUCCUUUAGAUUUUGUUUGGAGUCCAGUCACAAUUGCCAAGCUUUUUGCUGAAUAUGAUUCUUCAUGGAACCCAGCUGCUGCUUUGGUUGAGCCAGAUUACUUUAAAGACGAAAACAUUACUGCCAAUACUUCUCCAGAAGGAAAGUACUUGGUAUGGGGACACGACAAUGGAACGUUUGUCGAAGUUUCUAACAAGGUUGCCUUGUCGUUAUCUUUGGAUGAGAAGAAAAAGGUGUUGAUCAGAAAUAAAUUUGACAAUUCCCGUGGUGGUGGCUUGUUCCAGGCCCAGAUUACUUGUGCUCCCAAGGUUGUUGGAGCCUCUACCGUGGAUUCUGCCGAUGUAAUUUUGGUCGAAGAUGUUUCUGUUCUUGCCAACUACGAUGUUUUGGCCACGGCAAAGCCUGGUGCUACCAUUUUACUUGGUAACAAGAAACCUAUCAAGACCUCUAUUGAGGAAGAUGUGGUUCCUAAACUUCCAACCGGUUUCAAGCGUGGUUUGGCAAAGAACCACAACAAGUUGGUUUUGAUAGACUUCUCGAUUGUGGACGAUCUUGAUCAGAUCAGUGACUCAACAAAGGGAUUCUCUGAGGACUUCUUGACCCAGGUUGGUUUCUGGCGAUCCGCAUAUCCAGAAUUGAAUGGGUUCAUUGUCAACAAGCUUUUGCAAGCAAAUGGUAACAGUUUCGAAUUGUUGGCUGCUGUGCUUGACAAAUUUAUUGCUACGGUCGAUGAGAAGCAAGGCUUGAAGCCAGUUGAAGUUGCCAAGGAAUGGGGCAACUUACAAGAUGAAGUCGCUGAAAAGGAGGAGGAACAAAAAGAAAAGGAGGAAGAACAAAAAGAAGAGCCUGAACAGCUUCCAUUUUUCCCUACUGAAUCGUCCUUCUUUCCUAACCCACGCAUUGUCACUGAAGACGCUGAGGAAACUGUUGACGGUACCGCUUCGGAUUUGGCUAAAAAGUUCACUUUUGCUGAAGCUUACGAUGUGAAGACCGAUCUUCGUCCUGACUUGCCUGUCAAGAAUUUCGUGGUCAAGGUCCAGGAGAACAGAAGAUUGACUCCUGCUGAGUACUCGAGAAAUAUUUUCCACAUUGAAUUUGACAUUAGUGGUACUGGGUUGACCUAUGAUAUCGGUGAAGCGUUGGGAAUUCACGGCAGAAACAAUUCUGAAGCCGUUGAAAAGUUCCUUGAGUUUUAUGGCGUUGAUGGUGAUUCUAUCGUGCAAGUCACAAGCAAGGAGAAUGCCUCGGUUCUUGAAGUUCGCUCAGCUAGACAGGCGUUAUACGACAACGUUGAUUUCUUAGGAAAGCCUCCCAAGCGUUUCUAUGAGGCAUUGGCAGAGCAUGCUACCAACGAGAAGGAAAAAGCCCACUUGGAGAAAUUGGCAAGUUCUGAGGGUGCUGAAGAGUUGAAGAAAAGACAGGAUGUCGAUUUCGAUACCUUUGUGGAUAUUCUUGAAGAAUUUCCCUCGGCAAGACCAUCAUUCUCGGAGUUGGUGAGAAUCAUUCCUCCUUUGAAGAGAAGAGAAUACUCCAUUGCCUCGUCGCAAAAGCUUCAUCCCAACGCAGUUCAUUUGUUAAUUGUGGUUGUCGACUGGGUUGAUCCUAAGGGCCGUUUGAGAUAUGGACAUGCUUCCAAAUACUUGUCAGAUUUGAAAAUUGGAGACGAAUUGGUGGUUAGUGUUAAACCUUCGGUUAUGAAGUUACCACCUUUGUCCACUCAGCCUAUCAUCAUGUCCGGUUUGGGUACUGGACUUGCUCCAUUCAAGGCAUUUAUUGAAGAAAAAAUCUGGCAAAAGCAGCAAGGUAUGGAAAUUGGUGAAAUUUACUUGUACAUGGGAUCUCGCCACAAGAAAGAAGAAUAUCUUUACGGUGAACUUUGGGAGGCAUAUAAAGAUGCUGGAGUGUUGACCCAUAUUGGAGCUGCUUUCUCGAGAGAUCAACCUCAAAAAAUCUACAUUCAAGACAAAAUUAGAGAAUCAAUUGAGCCACUUACCGAAGCGUUUGUUGAGAAAAAUGGUUCGUUUUAUUUGUGUGGUCCAACAUGGCCAGUUCCUGAUAUCACCGCUUGUCUUCAAGACAUUGUGACGAACGGAGCCCGCAAGAAUGGAACAGAAGUCAAGGAAGUGGCCAAGGUUGUUGAGGAGUUGAAGGAAGAAGGACGUUACAUUUUAGAAGUUUACUAG